GCCGAUUGUCCCGUUGGCAAAGGGCAGAAAAUCGACAUAAUUCUCACUGAUUAUUGUAUGCCUGAAAUGACUGGCUAUGACCUCCUUAAGGCAGUAAAGGAGAAUGACUGCCCGAGAUCGAUUCCAGUUGUGAUCAUGUCAUCGGAAAAUGACCCACAAAGAAUCAAGAGAUGUCUAGCGGUUGGUGCCGAGGACUUCUUCUUGAAGCCUUUAAAAGCUCAGGAUGCGCAAAAGUUGAAACAGUAUGCAACAUUGACAGGACCAACACCGAAAGCGGGCACGAAGAGGAAGCUACUGGUCGACAUGAUAACUGAUACAAAAGACUCAGCGAGACGGCCUCGUCUUGCAGGAGUUGCAGUGGGAUGAUGACAAUUACUGCAUGUUUUUUUAUGGCAUCUACCUUGAUUUAGGAUAUGGAGGAAGAAGCUCAGUGUCUUUUUAAUUAAAUGCUAUAUAUAUAUAUAUAUAUAUUUGGUGCUAUAGC